AGAAAUGUAAUUUCCCCAUUGUGCGGUGAGGUUUGGAAGUUGCUCUGCUGUAAAUCACAAUUCUCGAAGCUAAUCCCCAAAUUGAAAAAGAGAAAUUCAUCCUCCUCCUUUCCAAGAGAAGAUAGAUUUGAGAAGAUGUGAUCAUACCCUACUCCACAAAUUAAUCAAACAGAUGGAAUUACCGUUCGAGUUUUCACUCUUCUUCGUUUUCUUAUUCACAGAAUCAUCCAUGUAAUUUCUUUGUGGUGUUUCCUUUCUGGGAAUUAAUGUAGGCUCCGAGUGCUGUAAUGAAGAUUUCAUGGUUGAGUGUUGAGCAGCUCUUAUGCACGCAGGUCAGGGAAAGCCAAUCCUCAAUUUCCAUAUUUACUUCAUCUGGGGAUUCAGUGAUUCAGUGGAGAAAAAUAUAAUCUUUGCAUAAGAAUAAACUAUGGCCUACGAUCAGAACUCAAUACCUAAAGAUUUGCGUCCACUGAAUAUAAUGAGAACUGUGCCUGAGGAUCCCAGGAUUUCUCCGGCGACUUCAUCUGGGAGGCCGGUUGAAGGAUAUUAUGCUAGCCCGCCAACUGAUGGUAGCCCUGGCACCAUGCCUGCAGUUUAUUACCCUGCCCCAAUUCCACCCGUAGCAUAUAACAAUGCUGUCACUGGGGUUGCCGGAUGGAUACAGCAAAUUGUGCCGCCUCCUCAAGUCCAACAAGGUGUUGUGAGUGGUACUGUGGUUAAUCCACCGGGUGUAUAUACCACGAGUCCUAAUUAUGGGACACGGAAUGGGUGCAGUCCUUCAGAUCAUACUAGUGAUGAGGGUGGUGAUGAUUCUUUGUCGGGCCGGAAGGUCAAGUUUUUAUGUAGUUUUGGUGGGAAAAUACUUCCACGCUUGAGUGACGGGGCAUUGAGAUACGUAGGAGGGCAGACCAGGAUAAUUAGUGUUGGAAAGGAUGUUUUAUUUAGUGAAUUUGUCCAGAAAAUGGCAGAUAUGUAUGUACAGAAUUUGGUGAUUAAAUAUCAGUUGCCAGAUGAGGAUCUUGAUGCCCUUGUAACUGUUUCAUGUGCUGAUGAUCUUGAGAACAUGAUGGAUGAAUAUGAAAAGUUGAUCGAGAGGUCUUCCGAUGGGUCUGCUAAGUUGAGAAUAUUUUUAUUUUCGCCUUCAGAUCUCGAGUCUGGUGGGCAUAUUGGAGAUAUGCAGGAUGGUGGGCAGAGGUAUGUUGAAGCUGUGAAUGGGAUAGGGGAUGUAUUCAGUGGCGGUGGUGGUAUUGUUAGAAAAGAGAGUAUUGAAAGUACUAUAUCUGCUCAGAACUCUGAUUUGAGUUGUACUGAAGGGGGUGAUAGCCUAAGCCAUGGUUUGGGGGAGGUUGCUAGUGUGUCUUCUACGGGUGCAUUGUCACUUAAUGGAAAUGUUGUUCCUUUUGAUACAGCACCAAGAGUGGUUUACGUAGAUCCUAAUCCUCUGCCAUACGCCGACUCUUGUGCUGCUUCAUUAAGCAUUCCAAUGGUUAAAACUAGCCAUACAAUAGCUUUGGGUGCCAUCACUGAGCAAGAGGUAGAGAGAUCUGUGCCUCUAUCUGUUCCACAGGGAUCAACUAUUAUGAGUUAUCCAGCAUCUUCACCAUACAUGCAAGCUUAUGCAGAUCCUCAUCAAGAAACUUUGAGUCAUGCUAACUAUGUGCAACAACCUCCCCAGAUGGGAUUCCCUACUCAAAUUUUAGGGACUGUGAGGCCGGUUUUCACUCAACAGCCCAUGGCUGCAGGAGCAUCUCCUCAACAGUUCACUCCUGCCGUCCAUAUGAAAAUGAAUCCGUCCUUUAUUGGCAUGAGGCCCAAUGUAGUUCCUGUUGUUGGUCAACCACAACAUGUUCAAGUGGAGAAUUAUCCUGCAGAAAGCAUGAUGCCGCCGAGGCUUGUCCAUCUACCUGUUACACAAGGAUACAAUGUCAAUCAAGCUCAGGUUUCUGCAACAGCACAAGGAGGAAUGUAUAAUUGGCAGCAAAUUCCACAUCCUGAGCAAAUGGCUUUGUCAGAAGGGGGCUUGAGUCCUCAACCAGCUGUUCUUCCAGAAAGGAUUACGAGAAUAGAGGACUGCCAGAUGUGUCAAAAAGCAUUACCUCAUGCUCAUUCAGAUACAGCAGCUCAGGAGCAAAAAGGAAGCCCUUCUUGCACCCUUUCUGAUGCAAGGUCAAUUUAUACUAGUCUCAUGUUGGAUGGUCGAGGGCGACCCUUAAUCAGGCCUAUUGUAACUGGAACUCGGGCAGAGGGCAAUAUGGAACAACUGGCUGAAUCUGGAAAGGUUCACACAGAAGCAAUUGGUGUCUCACAAAAUGUUGAGGGACAAAAUAUUUACGAUAGAACUAUUCUACAUAAGGCAGAACCUUCCAAGGUGACAAUUCCCCAGGGUGUCGUGAGUGGGGUCCAACUUCCGUAUGGUGUGUUUAUGGCUAAUACUCCUCCAUCUUCCCAAGCCAGUGCUGUCCAGAAUCUAGUUGUUCAGCCUCAACUCCAAGUUUUACCAGAAGCAACAUAUAACAGACCGUUGAAUAAUGAUUUUGCUCCUGUUGGCAUGCAUUUGCCGAAGGACCAUGCUGGUCGUGAAUCCCCAAAAGAAUACUCACCCAAAGUUUCUACUGGAUGUCCUACAGAUGAUUCUACUUCAUUGGCAUACGACAAUCUGAGACAAAUUGAUGGAAGGUUGGAUAAUCUUCGGACAAAUCCUUUGGAAGUUUUUUAUAAUAAUGAACAUAACAAGACAAUUGUGGAUCUAAAGGAAGACUCACAAAAUAGCAUACCAAUCCAGAUUCCUAUGGGGGAGGCUGUUAGCACACACAGUUUACCAUCCACAGAAUCCUAUGAACUGAUGCCAACUCCACCUGUAGGCAAUCCUAACGUAUACCCUUGUUCAGCAGUUGGGGCCAAUCCUUUGCCCUCAGAUGAUGUGGCUGGAACCUCUGUAUAUUCAGCUGAAAGAAUCCUUCCCAUUAAUGAAUUGAAUGAUAAUGUUCUAUGGUCGCAGCCCAGAAUAAGUGGUGAUAGAGAUGUCGUUGCUCAUGAAGGGUCCUUUGUAUCACCAUCCCAUGGAGUUGGAGAUACCUUAGAUAAUUCAGCGUCACAAUUUAUCGAUGAGGAUCCAUGGAUUAUGCGCCCUGAUACUCAUUACCCCCCUCCCAGACCAACCAGGAUUCAAAUAAAGAGGGAUAAUGUAGGAUUGCGAGAUACUCUUGCCGACAAUCGUCUCAACAGUGGCGAAACACCAACAAGUAAUUCCAGGGAUUCAGUGGAGUCUGAUGGAGUUUUCCAGCUUUCUAACAAUUUGAAUUGGGACCUAAGUCCAGAUCACAGUUUGUCGAAUAAAGGUUCAGCUGAGGAACAGAUAAAGAGAGAACUUCAAGCUGUUGCUGAGGGCGUCGCAGCCUCUGUAUUUCAUUCAUCUAUCCAUUCAAAUCCUGAAUCAUCAGUGCUUCUGAAGAGUGAUUCUCCACCUAUUUCCCAGCAUAAUCGCGAUGACCAACCCACUAAUGUAGAAACAGAGCAGCGAGACAAAUUUGAUGAAAUCAAGACCAAAUUAUCAGACAAGAUAAAUCUCGGAUUCCCUGCAUCUGGCAUUGGCCGAUUACAGAUUAUUAAGAACAGUGACCUGGAAGAGCUACGAGAAUUGGGCUCUGGAACUUUUGGUACAGUUUAUCAUGGAAAAUGGAGAGGCACCGAUGUUGCAAUUAAACGCAUCAAUGAUAGAUGUUUCUCCGGGAAGCCUUCAGAACAAGAACGCAUGAGGGAUGAUUUUUGGAAUGAGGCGAUCAAGCUAGCUGACUUACACCAUCCUAAUGUUGUCGCUUUUUAUGGAGUUGUGCUUGAUGGUCCUGAUGGUUCAGUUGCAACUGUCACUGAAUACAUGGUGAAUGGCUCUUUGAGAAAUGCGUUGCAGAGGAAUGAUAGGAUUCUGGAUAAGCGUAAGCGCCUUUUGAUUGGUAUGGAUGUUGCCUUUGGAAUGGAAUACUUGCAUGGGAAAAAUAUAGUACAUUUUGACUUGAAAAGUGAUAAUUUAUUGGUCAAUCUCCGUGACCCACAUCGACCAAUUUGCAAGGUUGGUGAUUUGGGGCUGUCAAAGGUGAAAUGUCAGACGCUUAUUUCAGGAGGCGUGAGAGGAACCCUUCCAUGGAUGGCUCCAGAGCUUCUAAAUGGCAGCAGUAGCCUCGUCUCUGAGAAGGUGGAUGUAUUUUCAUUUGGAAUUGUAAUGUGGGAACUUCUCACUGGAGAAGAACCUUAUGCAGAUCUGCACUACGGGGCCAUCAUUGGCGGCAUUGUUAGCAACACGUUGCGGCCUCCUGUGCCGGAACCAUGUGAUCCUGAUUGGAGAGCUCUGAUGGAGAGAUGUUGGUCGUCUGAACCUCCGGAGAGGCCAAAUUUUACAGAAAUUGCAGACGAGUUGAGGGCUAUGGCGAAUAAGCUUCCAUCUAAAGGCCAACUACCUCCACCCAAAAGCUGAUUGUUUCAGACUUGCGUUUGCUCAAUUCAAGCGUGGCAUGUUAGCAGAAUUAUCUCUAUUGUAGCUUAAGAAAUUAUGAAUAGGAAAGGUCUGGUUAGUUUCCUUUUUGGAUAGAGAUGUUUUAGUUAUUAUAUUGAUUUUGUCACUCAGUUUUGAUGCACCGCAGUCUCAUGUCUUUUGAACUCGGAUAAUGCUUUACGUGAAAUAGGAUUACCAAGGUUCACUAUUUA